CGGCCCCACGCAUGCGCGCGCGCGGCCCCACACCGCCCACUCAUCCACCUCCCUACUCCCUGCGCCGCCUCUUCCCACCCUGAGCAGAGCCGCCGAGGAUGAUAAACACCCAGGACAAUAGGAUUUUGCCUUUGAGUAACUGUCCCCAGCUCCGGUGCUGCAGGCACAUUGUUCCGGGGCCUCUGUGGUGCUCCGAUGCCCCUCACCCACUGUCGAAGAUCCCCGGUGGGCGAGGGGCCGGCAGGGAUCCUUCUCUCUCGGCUCUAAUAUAUAAGGACGAGGAGCUCACUGUGACCCAGGACCUCCCUGUGAACGAUGGAAAACCUCACAUCGUCCUCCAGUAUGAGGUCACCGAGGUGAAGGUCUCUUCCUGGGAUGCAGUCCUGUCCAGCCAGAGCCUGUUUGUAGAAAUCCCAGAUGGAUUAUUAGCUGAUGGGCGCAAAGAAGGAUUGUUAGCACUGCUAGAGUUUGCUGAAGAGAAGAUGAAAGUGAACUAUGUCUUCAUCUGCUUCAGGAAGGGCCGGGAAGACAGAGCUCCACUCCUGAAGACCUUCAGCUUCUUGGGCUUUGAGAUUGUGCAUCCAGGCCAUCCCUGUGUCCCCUCUCGACCAGAUGUGAUGUUCAUGGUUUACCCCCUGGACCAGAACUUGUCCGAUGAGGACUAAUGGUCAUAGAGGAUGCUUUGCCCAAGAGCCACAGUGGGGCAAGAGAGGAAGUUAGGCAGCCCUGGGACAGAGGAGGGGGCUUCUUGCUGUCUAGGGAAGGACGCUGAGGGGCUCAGGGUGAGGGUUGCCUGUUGUGUUCUCAGAGUUGACUCGUUGAAAU